AAAGUGUUGGUCAAGAUCAAAAGUAGAUUUAAUGCCAUAUCCUAAACGGGAAAAGUGCCCACAUCCACAUCUACCUUUUUGUCGAAGUUGUCAGUCCACUCACUCACUCACUCACUUUCUCCUCUCCUCAUCUGCCCACCACAUCCUCCUUCUCAAUGGCGUCUACAAGGACACCAUACGUCUGCCUAAAUUGUAGGCUGACAAGGCCAUUGACGCGACGUGCCUUCUCCUCCUCCACGCACCGCGCCGAAGCUCUUCGCCCUGCGACCGCCCCAAAGCCAACCCCGGACGUCAAGCACAUUCGUCAGAACGCGGAGCUCUAUUCCAAAAACAGCGUCGACCGCAAUUACCCAUCCCACGCCGACUACCCAUUCCAGAUCCAAAAUUUGUCCGAAGAAGCCCGCCGCCUCGACCAAGACCUCAAGACCCCCCGCUCCCGCAUCAAACAGCUCGAAAAGGCCAUCGGCAAGCUCGCAGCGUCCGCCCGCCAGGAAGGAGGCAAUGGCGAAAACACCGCAUCCCAGGAAGAGCUCACAGCUCUGCGAUCAGAGGCCCAGAAGCUCAAGGAUGAAUCGCAAGAGAUGACCACGCGCAAGACUGCCUGUACGGAAGAAAUCAACCGCCUCGCACUAUCCCUCCCCAACUUAUCCUCCUCCGAAACCCCGGUCGGAGACGACCCCAGACUGAUCGAAUAUCUCAAUUUCGACCCCCAGUCGCCGCCCGGGUGGAUCGCCAGUCCGGACCCCAGUCGCUCCCACGUCGCGAUCGGCACAUCUCUCGGCCUCAUCGAUUUCACCAGCUCCGCCACCACCACGGGCUGGGGAUGGUACUUCCUCACCAAUGAGGGCGCACUCCUCGAGCAAGCACUGAUUCAAUACGCAUUGAGUGUGGCCCGGAAACGCGGCUGGAAGCCCGUGUCCCCCCCAUCGAUCGUCUACUCCUACAUCGCCGAAGCCUGCGGUUUCCAACCCCGCGACCAGCACAACGAGCAGCAGAUCUGGACCAUCGAACAGAGCGAAAAGGACAAGAGCAAACCGCAGCGAUCUCUGGCCGGAACCGCCGAGAUCCCCCUCGCGGCGAUGUACGCCGGCCGCGACAUCGACGCAGCGAAUAUCCCCGUCAAACUGGUCGGACCUAGCCGGUGCUAUCGUGCCGAGGCGGGAUCCCGCGGGGUCGAUACGAAGGGUUUAUAUAGAGUCCAUGAGUUCACGAAGGUGGAGAUGUUCGCGUGGGCCGAUAAUUUCCCAGAAGCAGGUGCAAAGGGAUUGCCGACGUCAGACGAUCUCUUCAACGAGCUUCUCUCCAUCCAGACCGAGAUUCUGACUUCCCUUAACCUCCCCUGCCGAGUGCUGGAAAUGCCGACCACGGACCUGGGUGCCAGUGCGAGCCGCAAACGCGAUAUCGAGGCUCUCUUCCCCUCCCGCUUGCGUGCCGGUGCGGAUCUCGAGUCGGCAUGGGGCGAGGUGACCUCCGCUUCUAUCUGUACGGACUAUCAGAGCCGUCGGUUGGGAACCCGGGUGCGCGGGGGAGCAGCUAAGGAGUCUCGGUUCCCGCAUACGGUCAACGGUACUGCCAUGGCUGUUCCCCGGGUGUUGGCCGCUAUUCUGGAGAAUGGAUGGGAUGAGAAGCGGAAGGUUGUGGUCGUACCGGAGGUGCUGAAGAACUGGAUGGGUGGUUUAGAGGUAAUUGGGGAGUCUUCGUGACCACAGAAGCGAUAGAAAGUGUAUGUUAUAUAUGAUAUUGCAUUGUACAUUAUACUACUCAUGAAACUGAUAUUUUUUGAGCCGGUUUAUCUCGUGUACAACAUCAACCCAGACAUCAGAUUAAAAAUAUCUGUACAAACCCAUACGGAUGACGUUCGGCAAUAGGGAAAAAUUAAGCAGAGAACACACAGUUAAGUCCAAGACGCUACCCUAGAUGACGGGAUCAUAACUUCGUAACACGUGAAAAACAUCAUGUCGUCAGCAGAAGACAAAACCAGAAAACUUCUAGAAUCGAUAUCUCAAACACAAAUAUAUGGGGAGUGGUGACGUGAAAUAGGCGAAGGGUAUCAAAAACAAAAAAAAAAAAA